AUGGACGAAAAUGAUCCAAAAUAUUCUAGUUAUUUAGAAGUGUUUUCAAGAAUAUGUUAAUUAAAUUAAACUCUUGUAUUAAAUUAUUUAAUUGUAUUGAUUUUGGUACCUCCUCUACAUUAAUUUAAAUUGAUAUUCUUAAGGCAAUAAUGAACUCAAAGUUCUAGCUUUAUAAUUAAUAUAUUAAUCUUAAGAAAAAGGACUUGAACUUUAAAAAUUCAAACCAUAAUUAGCUAUCACUUAUGAAAAACUUAUUGUUGAUAUCUACUUAGUUGAAGGAGGAUUAAAACAAUUAUCUAAAAAUUACAGUUAAUUCCAAUUGCAUGAUAAAAAAGUAUUAUUUAUAUUUAUUAUAGGAUUUACUUCUAAAUUAACUUUUUAACAAAGGUGUCUAAAGUUUUACUUAGGAAGCAAUAGAAUUUCAUCUAAAAAUUGUCAAAAUAGCUAUCAAAGAUUAAAAAGAAUAAAUUUAUUCCUCAGCUGUUUUAGAAAGAUUCUUCACUCUAUCUAAAUAAUAUUUUGAGAAGUGUAUUCAAUCUUCAAAAUUUGAUUUAGCUUCUCCUUGUGAAUUAAAUCGUCUAGGUAAAUAUAUUUAUUAUAUUCUAUUAUAGCUCAUAUUCUGGCAUAAACCAUUGAAUAAGUCAUGUGCUCUAAAUAUUGA